UAAAGAAGUUCAAACAUGAAAUUCUUCAAUUUGCUUAUCAUAGCUUUCGUUGUGGCUUUCGCUGCUCCUGCCUUGGGCAAGACUUUUACACGUUGCUCUUUGGCCAGGCAAAUGUAUGCCUUGGGUGUACCGAAAUCUGAACUGGCUCGCUGGACCUGUAUUGCUAAAUACGAAUCGCAUUAUCAGACUAACAUUGUGGGUCCCCCUAACAGGGAUGGCACUAAAGAUUACGGCCUUUUCCAAAUCAACGACAGGUACUGGUGCCAACCUAGCAGUGGUCAUUUCUCCUACAACCAAUGUAAAGUAGGUUGUGAUAACUUGUUGAAUGAUAAUAUCGGAGUGUCGGUUAGAUGUGCCCGCCUAGUGAAGGCCCAACAAGGUUGGCCCGCCUGGUCUACUUGGAAAUACUGCAGCGGUAAUUUGCCUAGCAUUAAUGAUUGUUUUUAAUGCAGUAGGAAUCAUUUCAUUGAAAAACAAAUCUGAAACAAGAUGUGAUUUAUUUGUAAACUUGUCUCCUUAUUUGUAAAUUAAUGUUUAAAAUAUUAAAGUUUUAUAA